AUGUCAAACUCUCAAGAUCGCAACCCCGUCCCCGACCAAGCCGAAGACGACGCCUAUUUCCCCUCUCCAUUCUCUUUGACCCAAUACGUUACUUCCAAGACCGAUUUCGACGGUGCAUCCUACCCCAACGCCUACACCGGCAAAAAAUGGAAAAUUCUGGUUAUUGGCACACAAGAACGCUAUCUACGCAUGGCCGAUGGAAAGUUUUUCUCCACUGGAAACCAUCCAGUGGAAAUGUUGUUACCGAUGCUGCAUCUCGAUGCUGCGGGCUUUGAGCUUGAUAUCGCGACGUUGACAGGCGAACCUGUGAAAUUGGAGAUGUGGGCGUUUCCUAAGGAGGAUGAGGCUGUGAAGGGGAUCUAUGACAAGUACAAGCAGAAGAUGAGGAAUCCGCUUGCACUGUCUGAUGUCUGGGGUAAGGGAUUCGAUAAGGAGACGCCUUAUAUCGGUGUUUUUGUGCCUGGUGGGCAUGGAGCUUUGAAUGGGAUCCCGCAAUCCCCUGUUGUGGGAAAUAUUCUUCGCUGGGCGGAUGCUAACAAGCGGUAUUUGAUUACGCUCUGCCAUGGUCCUGCUUGCAUGUUGGCAGCCAACGUCGCCAAACCCGACGGCGAGAAAUUCAUCUAUGAGGGCUAUAAGAUUGAUGUAUUCCCUGAUUCGCUGGACACUGGGGCUAACAUCGAUAUUGGAUAUAUUCCUGGCAAGAUGAGUUGGUUGGUGGGAGAGGAGUUGAGGAAGCUUGGGGUGACGCCUAUAAACGACAAGAUUACGGGUCAGACGCACCAGGAUCGAUAUGUGUUGACUGGAGACUCACCCUUGGCUUCGAACAACUUGGGAAAGUUGGCUGCGAAUACUCUGCUCAAGGAGAUUGAGAAUUUGUCGUAA